CCUCUCCUUCUUCCCUCUCCCCCUCGCCUUUUCCUUUCGAGUGCUUGCGUGCGUGGCUCUCUCAUCUCCUCAGUAUGGUUAACACCGUUGGAAAGUGGCAGGGGGCCGGCGUCUUCUCCUCCUCCGCCUCUCCUCGUUAAUUCCAAUGCUCAAUUACUUCCUACAUAUAAACACCUCUAGACUUCUCAUCCGCCACCUUUCCUUCUACCUAUUACAUUAAAUACCUAUUACAUUACAAACACACACUCUCUCUCUCUCUCCGCCCAGGUCACGCACUUCUCCAGUUGAAUCCAUGGCUCCGAUCCAGCUCAAACGAUCCCCGCCCCAAACCCUAACCAAUCCCCAGGACGCUCGCCUCCUCGUCCGCGAAACCAUCCGAAUCAGCGCCAAUCUCGCCUCUGCUCCCCCUUCUUCUCCCUCUCUCUCUUCUUCUCCGGCGUCGGGAGUGGCUGAGAGCAGGCGCGACACGAAUUUAGGCCUCCUUCAGGACGAUUUUGUUGAUUCCAGCUUGAGGUUGAUCUGCUGUGAGGAAAUCGACGGCCGUCGUUGGAAGUACGUCGUGGACAAUGGCGCCCCUGGUUGCUCCAGCAAGGGUUCCCUCCGCGCCAUUAGCCUGCACACCCCGCUGACUCCCGUGGAUGAGUUGAUGUCGUUCAUUCAAUCCUAUGUGGUACCUGAAGGUUUCCCUGACAGUGUUGCCCCAUCAUAUGUGCCCUACAUGACAUGGAGAGCUUUGAAGCACUUCUUUGGUGGAGCAAUGGGUGUCUUCACAACACAAACACUUUUAAGUUCAGUUGGAGUAUCUAGAAAUAGAGCGACUCCUGGUGCUGUUGCUAUCAACUGGAUUCUUAAGGAUGGUGCUGGUCGUGUUGGAAAAAUGAUUUUUGCUCGCCAGGGAAAGAAAUUUGAUUAUGAUCUGAAACAGCUUCGGUUUGCGGGUGAUCUCCUAAUGGAGUUGGGUGCUGGUGUUGAGUUGGCAACUGCAGCUGUGCCUCACCUUUUUCUGCCUUUGGCUUGUGCUGCCAAUGUGGUGAAGAAUGUUGCUGCUGUAACAUCAACAUCAACUCGUACUCCAAUCUACAAAGCCUUUGCUAGAGGAGAAAACAUUGGGGAUGUCACUGCUAAAGGAGAGUGUGUUGGCAAUAUUGCAGAUCUGCUGGGAACUGGACUGAGUAUCAUGAUUUCAAAAAGAAAUCCAUCCUUGGUUACAACAUUUGCCCUCCUCUCUUGUGGAUAUGUCCUCAGCUCUUAUCAAGAGGUAAAAUCUGUUGUCUUGCGCACAUUGAAUCGGGCUAGGUUUACAGUGGCUGCAGAGUCGUACCUAAGAACAGGACAAGUACCUUCAUUGCAGGAGGGGAACAUGAUGGAAGAUAUAUUUAGCUUUCCAUGGUUGAAAGACAGGCCUAUUGUUCUUGGGCCGAGAUUUAAGGAUGCUUUCCAAGACCCUUCUUCUUAUCUAGCAGUAGAGCGUCUCUUUGAAGAUGAGCGGUAUAUUGUGACGUUCAAUCCUUCUAAGGGUAAAGUAUAUGCAUUGCUCAAGGAUAAAGCGAAGUCAGAUGACAUUCUAAAAGCAGCAUUUCAUGCUCAUGUGCUUCUGCAUUUCAUUCAUUCUUCAAAUAAGAAUCAUACUUCCAAGGAUUGGGAAUCUUCCAAUUUAAUGCUGACAAUUACUGACCUUGAAGAUCAUAUUGCCAAAUCAUGUAAGAUGGUCUCGACAUCAUAUGGACUUUUCAAAAGUAAAGCUGCAGAGCAGGGGUGGAUGAUGUCAGAGUCACUUCUUAAUCCUGGUCGAGCUCGGCUUUGUUAGCUGAUUGCUAUGAUGAAUAUGCCAAACUCUUUUUUUUAUCACUUUUUACAACAAAGUCGUCACAUGCUGAGAGACUCAGACGGCUGCUGCUGCUGCUGCUCGCGCAUUUACUGAUCUCUCUACAGUUUUUGACAGACGAAACUGAGGAAGUGUGUAUGUAACAGAGAGCGCUUACCUUGCCUUGUUAUUUACCAAUGGGAAAGUGUGAACUGUGUUUCUUACAAAGGCUGGUAAGUUCUCCAUCUUGUGCAGUAUCGGCUGCCAUCGUCCUUUCUCUUCUGCUCCAUCCAAAUUUCUACAUUUUACCUUGGGAAGCUGCCUGACAUGUUGCAUGUUACUGUAGUGUUGUACAGUGAAACAGUAAAUAUAUACGCAGUGUGUCUCUUUGUUGUGAUGGUUGGUGCGGCCGGGGUUCCAUUUUUGUAGCUACUUGAAUUGUUCUCAAAUCCCACUUCACCUUGGCAAGCCAUCGCAUAUGUGUAGAAUGCUUUUAUUUAUCUAUACAGUCGAAAAGAUAUGAAUUCAUCUUA